AUGCUGUCCCAGUGCUACAGCGUGUUUUGCGACAGUAACAUUCCUUUUUGUCUGUGUCCAUUCUAUCCACAGGAUGUGUUGGCCAUACUUUCACAGAUCCAACUGUUGAGUGGUGAAAUCAAUCUAUAUGAAUUGAAAACUUACCACGAAGUGAUAGAUGAGAUCUAUUACAAAGUUUCUCAUUUGGAGCCAUGGGAGAAAGGUAGUCGAAAGACUGCUGGCCAGACUGGAAUGUGUGGUGGAGUACGAGGUGUGGGUGCUGGUGGCAUUGUUUCUAGUGCAUUUUGCUUGCUUUACAAACUAUUUACAUUGAGGCUAACAAAAAAGCAAGUUAUUGGACUGAUAACUCAUCGGGACUCUCCUUACAUCAGAGCUCUUGGCUUCAUGUACAUCAGAUUCACACAGCCUCCCCAAGAGUUGUGGGAUUGGUUUGAAGCCUAUCUUGAUGAUGAAGAGGGUGUUGCUCUAGGCCCAGCCAGUGGCAGUGAAGAGGCAAGCUGCACCUCAGACUCUAGAGUAAUUGGUCUUUUAGUACCAAAAUAUGAGGCCAUUGCCUCUCUCUUUAUCUGCACAUUAAAUUUGUUUUUCUUAUAUUUUUCUUAUAUUAAUGUUUUCUUUUUUUUCUUUUCACUUUUUCUUUUUCUUGUCCCCCUCCCUCCAUUCUGUUUCUUUCUGCCCUUCUCUCAGGAAAUUGAUGUGAAAGCUGGUGGUGGACACAGCAUGACGAUUGGUGAAAUGCUUCGACAUUGGUUUACCAAAUUGGAAUGGUAUUCUACACUCUUUCCUCGUAUUCCUGUCCCCACACAGAAGGAUCUUGAUGAGAAGCUAAAAGCAAGGGCUCUGUCCAAAGCUCAGGAUGGCAAACCAGUUGGCCCACUUCCUGUCAUUUGUAAUGGUGAUGAAGGGAUGGAAGAGGAAGCAGAAGAAUGGAAUGAAGAGGAACCGAAUGCUGCUGUGGAUGUUGGCAGCAAAGGCUCAAGAUCGCCAGAAAGAAGACGAUAUGAUAGAUCCUGUGAUAAGUCUACACCACAUCGGUCACCCCAGAGCAGGAAGUCACCAGACAGGCACAGAAGCUCCCAUUCACCUCACCGGAGGAAAUCCCCAAGGCACCGCUCGCCUCAUCACAGAAAGUCAUCCCCUCCUCCAUUAUCAUCAUCACACAGAAAACUGUCACCAAGUUCUGGUCACAGCAAAUAUUCCUCAAGUUACUCGUCCUCUGCUCAGCAUUCUUCUUCCAUGGAUGAUUUUGCUGUGGAAUUGGCUCGAGAACGUGAACGACAGAGACGGGAACGUGAACGUGACUGCAAUGGCAAGCCCAAGGACCACCAUCACCAUCAUCACAGGCAUCAUCAUCAUCAUCACCGCCACCGCCACCAUCACUCUACCAGCAGCUCCAAGUCAAAAGACAAAGAGCCAGGAGGAGUAGGAAAGAAUGCCUCAUUUGUGAAGGAGAAGCAUCAGUCAACCAGCCGUUCACCCAAUCGGUCCAGAUCUCAUGAGAAGAACCAUUCCAAGCGAUCACAUUCAAAGGAGCACAAGCACUCCAAGGCCCCAAGCAUGUUGUCAACGUCAUCAAAACACAAGAAGCGUUCUCGAUCCAAGUCAGUCGAGGAGAGGCCUAGUGGCGAUGGCGGCAACAAGAACCACAAGAGUCGAUCGCAUCACAAAAAAGAUCACUCACAAGAUGCCUCUAUCCCUUCAAAAGAAAAAUUCACAUGUCCAUCAAUUUUGUACAGCUUGUUGACAUCACAACCACUCCCCACUCCUUUUCUUUCUUUCUAUCACUUCUUGAGAAUAAUCAUUAUUCCUUUCAGGAAAUAA